AUGUGUUGUCUGCGAUCCCUAUUGAUAUCAUUAAGUGUUAUAACUAUAAUCAACAGCGAAAACAGUACAACAAAUCAAUUCAGUGGCAAAACCAUUAUUUAUUCGGUCGAAGACUUGGACACAUCGGCUGGAUAUCACUACCAGCACAGUUACCCACACCACCAACCCUAUCCACAACACCACUACCCCCACCAUUACCCCCAAUCGUCGACAUACCAUCACCAGCACCACACACCCACCUACCACUCCCACCAUCACACCAGCCCUCCUCCCGCUCACAGCUAUUCCUACGCCAAACACUAUCCCAAACACUAUCAACACUCGCAUCACUUGCACACACAUCACGGCUCGCACGGCGGUCACGGCGGCGGACACGGCUAUGGCGGCCAUCAAACGGCACACACCCAUCAAACUGACUAUAGGUAUGUAAAACUGUCUAAAUGUAAUACUGGAUAUGAUAGCCAUUCUGCCGCACAUCAUGGUAGCCACUAUGGCAAGUAUGGGAGCGGCAGUCAUGCGGCCAAUUACGGCGAUUGGAUUGAUAAGGCACAGUGGCAUAAAGAUAAAGGAGACGGGUAUGUGAAGAAGUGGUCGUGGGAUAAGGAGAACGGGUUCAAGAAAGCACACAAUAACUACGGGGCCAGUCAUGCACAGCACAACCACGUAGACCACGGGCGCAAUUACCAUCAUGAUCAGUAUGGAGCGCACGGACACCAGGCCUAUGGCGCUCAUGGAUCUCAUUCGUCUGAUGGUCAUCAGACCCACGGCCACAGUCACGGCUCUGGUAUUGAAGGCAAAGCGAAAGAUAGUGUCUCGGCUAACACUACACGACCACAACAGUAUCAAAGGUUAUUUCUAUUUAGUAACGGUGUGCUGACAAUAACUCCUAAACUGCAAGUGCCGUACGAACUGACCGGUAGUGUGGCCUCCGGACUGUCCAUCGGAUUGCCUAUUAAAGUGAGAUUUCAGUCACAGUUUCAGCUGAUGUCCGAAUGGAUUAAACAACUGUUGAUUACCAAAGCCCAGGCUUAUGUCAAUGGCUUUACAAAUGCCGACCAACAUAUGGCCAAAACUAAAUCACAUACAAGUAUUAAUGCUAAUAAUAUUGGCACCAAUGGUGGUGAUGUUGUCUUUGAUAAUGAUGGUAAUCUUAUGGAUUCUUACACUUCUAACACUUCCACUGUUGACAAUGGGUCUCAUGUCUUACCUGACAAUAUUGGCGGCAAAGGCAACGAUAGUCUAUAUUUCCAAAAUAAAUUGGCGAAAAGUAGCCGAUUUCAGGCCAGAUCUCAAUUAUAUAAGGCCGGAGUUGUCUUCAAAGAGCUAUUUGUGAAGUAUCGCAAACACCACUCAUUGCCCCAAAUACUGGACUUAUUGGACAAUUAA